AUGAGGGGCUUGCCGCUGGAUGACCUGUCUACUUCCAAUACAACCGCUCUACGCGAUGCAGAGACGGAUUCAACCUAUGACGACCGCGAGACCGACGACCGUCUGCGAACCGUCCACUUAGGCGUCUGGACGGUGACUUUGGCGGAUGGCGAUGUCAAGGAACACAAGGAUACUAUCUUCUCCUACUUUGCUGUCGUCCAACGGAUGUUUGUCGAGGUCUACCAUGUCGAUCCGUGGGCGGUCAAGAUCCUGCUGUUGUCCAAGUUCUUCAGCGCCAUCCAGCCGACGCUGCUUCUGUACUUGUUCUCAAGGCUUCUUGAAGAAAUAGAGAAGAUCACAGUGAAUGGGAAGGUCGACAAAGCCUCCAUCUAUCAGGCGAUUUGUAUGAGGCUAGGGUGUGUUGCAGUCGUUGCGUUGUUCGACUGGUGGUUUGACGGUACUUUUCCUCGAUUGAAAAGCCGUUUACAACGGCAUUUCAAGGCGGCUAUGCUGGAGGGU